AUGGAUUAUUCAUAUGUUUUUACAUUUGAAUUGUAUUGCCAAUUUUCAUCAUUUCAUCUUGUGCACUACUUGCCCUACUCAGUGCUGCUGCUAGUAUUGCUCCGAAAUCAUUUUUUGGCUCUGAGUAUAUGUGGGUUCUACAUUGCUAAAUCAUUCCAGGGAAUAAAGAGAUCAGAAUUGAAGAAUGGGUAUCCCAGGUUUUUUGACCUUCCAGUUGAGGACAAAGCGGCUACACGACUUCAAACCACAUUUCGGGGCUACAAGGAGGAAUGGUGUGGUGGGCGUGGGUCUGACACAAUGGAGGAAAUUCGGUCUAGGAUGCAACAGGGAGAAGAUGCAUCCAUUAAGCGUCAGUGGGUCAUGACAUAUGCCUUCUCAUCAGGUACACGAGUAUUUUCGAUCCCUUCUCAGUUGGUCACAUUAUAUUCAACAAACAUAACAAUCACAAUGUCGUGGCUGAUUUUCCGUCAGCUCGAAUUUCCGAGACGAUUGAGAUAACCAACUUUGUCAAUAUCCCUCUGUGGUGUUUGGGAACAGGAUAACCUACAUGUCAUCUUAUUUUAAGUUGGUUGAUUAGCGCUCCUGAGGGCACCAUAUUACGUAUUGGUGCACGUUUAUUUAAGUGGUGAGUUUCGGCCCCUUUCCAGGCUUGCACCUACAAAACAUGACCAUGUGACUCUUGUGAUUUGGGCUAACUCUAAUCCGAACCAUGAAAGGAUAGUGUAUGAUUCAUGAAGCUAACUGGGGCUGGAGCUGAGUUGAAUGCUGGAUUGCAGUCAAUCAGCCCCAAAAAUAUGCAAAAUAGGCAGGUAAUAAAGGUUGUUAGUGAAAAAGAAGUCCUACCGCCAAAAAACUUGUCUUCCCUGUUAAAUCCACUUGUCCAAUGGAAAUUGAGUGGUGAAGGUGAAGAAACAAUCUAAUGUAGUGAGUCUGGUAUGAACUCUGAAACAAUCUAAGAAACCUGAAAAACCAGCCAUUGACGGGAAAGUCAAAUUUCAAAUGGAGAAGCAGUGAGUGCCCUCUACUUUCAAAACUGAGAAAACAAUCAUAAAACAGUAAGUGGUAUCUUAAUGAACUCUGGUAUGUGUGGUUGAAGAUUGAUUUUGUUUGAUCGUGCGGGUCUUUGUAACGGCAUUUUUAUUUAUCCUCGUAUGUUCUUCAUUUACUUUGUUUUCAUU